GUCUGUCUCGGCCGGUUCAGAGGUCACUGCGGCUGCGCGCGAAUCCACACCGAACCAGUACCAACUCGGUGCCAAACAAACGCUUCGUGACUUUUCUCUUUAAAACACAAAUUAAAUCCACAAACCUGUGCUUUUCUAGUCGCUGUUAGCCGCUGUUAGCUCCACCGCUAGCCUCGCUGGCUACUUCAGCUAGCUAGUUAGCUUCCAGCUAGCUUAACCGAUAGUUUUUUUUUUUUUUUUUUUGUCUUUGAGUGGGGUUGUGUGCACCGGGGCAGACAUGCAGGACAUACUGGCCAACGUGGACCACAUCAAGUUCGACCUGGAGCUCGCCGUGGAGCAGCAGCUCGGGGCGCAGCCGCUUCCCUUCCCCGGGAUGGACAAGUCCGGGUCGGCUGUGUGCGAGUUCUUCAUGAGAGCAGCUUGUCAAAAAGGGGGGAUGUGUCCGUUCCGUCACAUCAGCGGAGAGAAGACGGUGGUUUGUAAGCACUGGCUCCGAGGCCUCUGUAAGAAAGGCGACCAGUGCGAGUUCCUCCACGAGUACGACAUGACCAAGAUGCCCGAGUGCUACUUCUACUCCAAGUUUGGCGAGUGCAGCAACAAAGAAUGUCCGUUCCUGCACAUCGACCCAGAGUCUAAGAUCAAAGACUGUCCCUGGUACGACCGAGGCUUCUGCAAACACGGUCCCGACUGCAGACACAGACACACGAGAAGAGUGAUCUGUGUGAACUACCUGGUGGGAUUCUGUCCUGAGGGAAAGUCCUGUAAAUUCAUGCACCCCAGGUUUGAGCUUCCUAUGGGAGCGUCAGAACAGCCGCCUCUUCCUCAGCAAACCCAGAACCAGACAAAGCCUGUCCCGACCAUCGGCCGCUCGUCGCUCUCUUUAAUCCAGUUGACCAACUCCAGUCCGGGCCAGAGGCCGCAGAGCAACAUGGCGCCGGUCAUUCAACACAACAACAUGACAGGAAACAGAGGCCCGCGUCCCCUGGACCAGGUCACCUGCUACAAGUGUGGUGAAAAGGGCCACUACGCCAACAAAUGCACUAAAGGACACCUGGCCUUCCUGAGUGGACAGUAACGUUUGAGCUCGACUUCAGCGGAUCGAUGUGAUGAGGACGACUCUUCACAUCCACUCUGCUUUAAAGCUGUGGAAACUUAAGACAGUGGGAGAGACUCUGUGACAAAACGUGGACACUCAAAAGACUCUUCGCGGCCAACGGAUCCGGUUUGUGGCUUUGUCUCCGGGGAGGUGCGGUGCUUUCACUCGUUGCCAGCGUUUCUUUGGGUCGUUUGACUCCAGAGGCCGCGCUUAUAAAUGUGAUACAUGUAGUUUGUACGUGGAGCCCUCAUCCAUCCUACAGCAUCACAUCCUCUCAGUCUGUUCAAAUAAAUGUUCUUGUUACA